AUGGAUGCGAGGUUCGCCUGGAUGCUCUGCGUGCUCUGCCUGGCUGUCACGGUGCAAGCGUUUACCCAGGAAGGGUUCAAGGAGGUGUUGCUGAAACAGCUGGGACUCUCCGAGGUCCCUAAACUUCAUAAGAGAGAUUUGGAGGAUCUGGUUAUCCCAGACCACGUAAAGAACAAAUACAUCUCCAUGCUGAAGCGCCAAAGGGUGAAGCGCCGAGCUUUGCCGAGCCUGGCGGGCAUCCUCAGGGGGAUCCCUGGCAACACAGACAUGGCAGGAGAAGUCCUCUACUCUGACACCACCACGCGCCAGAACCUGAUCUUUGACAUGGAGGGCAGGAUACCCCAAAACAGUGAAGUGACGAUGGCUGAACUGAAACUCUUCAAAAAGCCCCUGGACAGAGUAAACCUGCCUGCCAGGCACCCGCACCGGCCCGUCACCAACGCCAGGGUCAGCGUGUACUGGGUGCAACGGCAGCACGAUGGCACCAACAGGACAUCCCUGAUCGACUCCCGGCUGGUUCCUAUACGCGAGUCGGGCUGGAAGAACUUCGAUGUGACGCAGGCUGUGCACUACUGGCUGCGAAACAAGAGGCGGGAGCCAAUGUUCCUGGAGGUGUGGAUUGAAGGAGAAAGAGUAGGCAGCCACGCCUCGGAAAUGGCCAAAGCCGUGCGUUUCACCUCACAGGACCCCAAGGAUAAAGCCCUAGGCAAACCUGAACUGGUGCUUUACACCCUCGACUUGGAAGACUAUGGGGGCCCCGGGGACUGCAAGGAGGAGGCAGCAAUGGGGAAAUCCACCUGCUGCCGGCACAAACACUACAUCAACUUCCGCGAGCUCGCGUGGACGCAGUACUGGAUCAUUGAGCCGGCGGGGUACCAGGCUUACCGGUGCUCAGGGAGCUGCCUGCAGCCGCCCAGCCCCCUGCGGCGCUUUGGCUACGGCGAGCGCACUUGUGCCGUGACGGACAGCUCCCCGCUGCCCAUGAUGUACCUCGUCAAAAGAGGCAACCACACCGAGAUCGAAGCAGCUGAGUUUCCCAACAUGAUUGUCGAGAGGUGCAGCUGUGUCACCAACGGCAUGGCACUGGUGUGA